AUCUGAGUUGCCACCUAGAUUGGUGUUGAACGGAGUGAAGGAAGACGGUACUCGUCUGUUCCUGUCCCUUCCUUGUUAUUUUCUCCCAUCUCCCGCAAAAUUUUUCUGUCUGCGAGUCCACCAGAAAAUGGCGGCAACAGUUAGCUUUGAUCCCCAAUCCGUGUUAAAGCUCGAUGGGUACCUUGAGCCGUUCAUCCCUGCUAUCGCUCACCGCCACGAGCGCUUUCAGAAGUGGAAAGAUACCAUCGAUCGAUAUGAGGGCGGGUAUGAGAAAUUCACCAGAGGUUUUGACAAAAUGGGUUUCAACGUCAAGGAGAGUGGUGAAGUAGUCUACAGAGAGUGGGCACCAAAUAAUGAAUUCGGUGUUUGGGAAAUCACACUCCCUUCCGAGGCUCCUGGGGUAUGCGCGAUACCUCACGACUCCAAGGUCAAAAUUUCCAUGAUCACAUCCUCUGGUGCUCGUAUUGAGCGCAUCCCUGCUUGGAUCCAACGUGUCACCCAAGAUUUGACCUUCUCUCCUGCCUAUGAAGGACGUUUCUGGAAUCCCUCUCCUUCGGAAAGAUAUCAGUUCAAAAACUCUCGUCCGCCGCAACCGAGAGCGAUAAGAAUAUACGAGGCCCAUGUUGGAAUUUCAACUAGCGAACAUCGCGUAGGCACAUACAAAGAGUUCACGAAAGAUACGCUUCCGAGGAUUCACGCUCUGGGCUACAACACUAUCCAGCUAAUGGCCAUUAUGGAGCAUCCUUAUUAUGCAUCUUUCGGCUAUCAAGUAACCAGCUUCUUCGCCGCAAGCUCUCGGUAUGGCACUCCUGAGGAGCUUAGAGAGCUUGUCGACACCGCACACGGCAUGGGUAUAACUGUUCUUCUGGACGUUGUACACUCGCAUGCCUGCAAAAACGUCCUUGAUGGCCUUAACGCAUUUGAUGGAUCGGAUCACCAAUACUUCCACGAAGGCAGCAAAGGACGUCAUGAGCUGUGGGACAGCAGACUUUUCAACUAUGGGAGCCACGAAGUUCUGAGAUUUUUACUGAGCAAUCUUCGCUUCUAUAUGGAGGAGUACCAGUUCGAUGGCUUCCGGUUUGACGGUGUCACGAGUAUGAUGUAUAUCCAUCAUGGUAUCGGAACGGGUUUCUCGGGUGGCUACCCUGAUUAUUUUGGUCCGGGAGUUGAUGAGGAAGCUAUUGUGUACCUCAUGCUGGCGAAUGAUGCGAUGCAUACUCUUUAUCCGUCUGUUAUCACGAUCGCAGAAGAUGUUUCAGGCAUGCCUCUGCUCUGCAUCCCCGUGUCUCAAGGAGGUAUUGGAUUCGACUACCGCUUGUCCAUGGCUAUCCCAGACAUGUGGAUAAAACUGCUGAAGCACAAGACCGAUGAUGAAUGGGAUAUGGGUAAUAUCGUGCACACCCUUAUAGACCGACGAUACGGCGAGAAGAGCGUUGCGUACGCUGAAAGUCACGACCAGGCCCUGGUGGGAGAUAAGACUCUGGCUUUCUGGUUAAUGGACAAGGAAAUGUACACGCACAUGUCGGAUUUGACACCGAUGACGCCUAUCAUUGCACGAGGUCUUUCUCUGCACAAAAUGAUUCGUCUCCUGGUCCACUCGCUUGGCGGAGAAGGCUACCUGAAUUUUGAAGGCAACGAAUUUGGACACCCAGAAUGGCUUGACUUCCCUCGAGAAGGAAACAACAACUCCUUCCAGCAUGCCAGGAGACAGUGGAACAUUGUAGAUGACCAAAAUCUUCGGUACCGAUACCUGAAUAACUUCGACGCUGCGAUAAACCACUUGGAAGAAGAGCACAAAUGGCUUUCAGCUCCUCAGGCAUACGUCUCUCUCAAACACGGGGGUGACAAGAUGAUCGCCUAUGAACGAUCUGGCCUUCUUUUUGUCUUUAACUUCCACCCCACCAAGUCCUUCACGGACUAUCGCAUCGGCGUCGAUGAAGCAGGGGAAUAUCAUAUCGUCCUUACCAGCGACGAAAAGAAAUUCGGCGGAUUUGAGAAUAUUUCAAGUGGCGGAAAGUUCACUACAACACCAAUGGAGUGGAAUGGGAGGAAAAAUUGGUUGCAGAUCUACAUACCCUCCAGAACUUGUGUGGUACUGGGGAAAUAAAACAGCCGGCUCAUUCAGUUGCGUCUGAAGUUUGAACGCUCUAGUUGGAAUUUAAAUGACGACUCAUUUAUGAUCUAUGGAUAUCACUCAUCACUCAUGUAUACAAUUCAAGUUUUUGUGUCUACUACUAUGACAGGUCUAUAAAUAGACUACUUGGUCGUCCA